CUAGGUGUGGUAACAAAUGUAAUACCAGGAAACCUGUCUAGAGACGAGAUACCUCAGUUUGUCUACUUUUCUUUCGAUGAUGCCGUCAACCGAAUGAAUUACAAUUUGUACUCCAACCUGUUUGCAGGGCGUUUCGUAAACCCUAACGGUUGUCCCACCACUGUCAGCUUCAAUCUAUGCAAUGAGAGUACAAACUAUGAACUGGUUCGUCGCCUCCAUCGGCAAGGACAUGAGAUAGCCAGCCAUAGCAUUCUACACACCAACCCCAAAUUCUGGGACGGAGAGAUGUGGGAAUACGAGAUCCAAGGAAUGAGAGAACUCAUCUCUGACAAAAUCGGCAUCAAAGAGGAUGAAAUCGUCGGAAUGAGGUCACCUUUUUUGGUGCUGGGCGGCAACAAGCAAUUUUCAUUACUUGAGAGGUUUAAUUAUACGUAUGACGCGUCAAUGGUACCGGCUUUUUCGUCGAAUCAAGAAGAGCCGCUUUGGCCGUUCAAACUGACCGGUAAACCUCCCCGAAGGUAUUUUUUUGAGCCUGGAACACCAACAGAAGCGUAUCCCUCUGUGUGGGAGGUACCCAUGAAUCCAUAUUUUUACUGCCCUCAUGCGCCAGAUGGUGCAGUAUCAAUGUUGGAUGGGUGCCAUCCUGGCAGUUACAACGCCACCUAUCUUUAUUUAAAGUAUAAUUUCCUCCGUCAUUAUAACUCUCCAAGCAAGGCACCAUUUGGUAUCAAUAUGCACGCUGCCUGGUUUCACCCGGCCUGGCCGUACCACUUUCAAGCAAUGGAGGAUUUUAUAGGAGAAAUAUGUCGCUUAAGAAAUGUGUAUAUUGUAAGUGUGAGCAGGAUUUUGAAAUGGAUGGAGGACCCCGUCCCUUUGUCAAGAAUGUCAGAGUCUGAGGCAGUUAAGUGUGACUAAAUAUAUUUCACUCUUUAACGCAAACCACGACCUUGGGAUGAAAAUUCGUAUUGAACACAGCUGGUUUUGUUUAAAAUAGUUUCCCACUCAUUUUUUUUAAAUACAAAACAAAAUAAAAAAAAAUCUCUUUAAAGCAUCCAGUACGUUUUUAUGACCUCACCCAUUAAACCGUUUUACGCAGAAAAUGG